AUGAUAUCCACUACAAAGAGUGAAAUGAGUCCUCAACGACAAUUUCUUCGACGAGGCGAGCAGAACAACACGGACUUUCUACCUGUAGAACCUUCUCUCGUAUUUGAUGAGAGUAGAGGCGUUCUUAUCCCCCCUGCCUCUCAACUAGGCAGUCCACAACCCACACAAUCCAUAUCACGACAACGACGUCCACGAUUCGCCACCGCACAGGACUUGGAUGAUGCCCUUCUACAAGCCAUUGAAGGUAAAAUUACUCGUAAGAACGCAUGGGUCUCAAAGGAUGCAAGUAAUUUAUUAGAAGGCAUUACUCACGCCGUGGAAAGUACACUGGAUGCCGCCACUAGCACAGAUGAAUACUCCAGUUUUGCCAAAGUUGCCACUGUUGUAGAGGGAUGCUCAAAGGUAUGGACAAGUCGUGUGGAUAGUACAUACCAGCGAUCCAAUCAAAUGGUAAGACGUUUAUUGCGUAAUGAAGAUGAAGAUGAGAAUGGCGGUGGUGGUGGUGGUGCUGGAAGUGAUAAUGAAGAUGGAACUGGUGAAAAUGGAUCUACGGCUGCGGCUGCGGCUGCGGCAGCGGAACGUCGAAAGAAAGCCGCCCAAAGACGAGCACUCAAUACACGUACACUUGCAUUAGAUCCAUCCGAGAUUAAUCUUGACAGUAAGGGACGUGUGGCCCUUGUUCACACAGGCGUCAAUGCACAGUUUCGAGCCAUUACAGAGAAAUUUGAUCAAGGUAAUUCACAGGGAUUACUGGUACACAAUACACCACUGGGAAAGGCGGGAAAUCUUAUCCUUGAUGUAGAUUAUGCACGUGAAGUGGAUCGUGAAUACUCUGCACGACGUCUGCGUCUCUCCGGUGGUUCACGGCGUCUUGUUAAACAGGAAAUAAACCUGGAAGAAAAUACCGAAACAGAAGGAACUACAACAACGGCUAUGGCUACAGAGGAUAUGGGAGAAUUGGAUCAUGGUAUUAAUAUGCCUAUUCAACUUCCUCCAUUCCCACCACCGGUAACACCAGCGGCAUCUGCAGGUCAAAGUCCAGUUUCUGCAGAAGAGGGUGGUGGGAGACAGAGUGAUCAUGAGAGAAGAAGACCAGAAGAAGAGGAAGAAGCAGGACGUCCAUCUAUUUUACUUCCAUCUCUCUUACUUCUCCCACAUAUAUCUUCUAAUGUGGCUGGAGAGGAUGUGAACAAUACUACUACCUUGGGGUUAAUGGGCACAGGAGAAGAACUGGAUCCAGAGCAACAACAACAACAACAACAACAACAACAACUUCGACAAGAUAUGACUACGGAUGCAGGACCAUUAUUUCCUCCACACCAUCCAUCAGACUAUGAUGAUAAUGACUGGGGUGGUGAUGGUGGUGGUAUGGACUACGGGGAUGAUAACUACUACGAUGAUGAACAUACGAACACCAACACGAAUACCAAUACCAAUAAUGAUGAUGCUACUAGUACGACUAGUAAUAAUCAUCGUAAUAAUGGAAUAAAUGGUGGUGUUGGUGAGAAUAGUGAUGUCAGUCAGAAUGAGGUAUUACAUGAAGGAAUUGCCACAGCAGCACAUCAACUAGUCUCAGGUGUUGCGGAAUUAAACGCCAUGGAUGGUUGUCUCUUUGGAGAGAAUCGUCUCGCAUUAGAGGCAGAAGAUCCAACUUCAUGGUUUCCAUUAAGUGAACCACCAACAAAUAUGCUUUUAGGUGGUGCAGCACAUAAAAACUCUGAGUUGCUACGACUACAUAAAGAACAUCGUUUCACACAAACAGGUACAACAUCACAGACAACAUCUACACCUGCUACGAAACGUGUAAAACGUGAAAAAACUAUCGCCUUUGAUCUUCCAGGUGAACUUGCUGCUACUUCUGCUGCUGUUACGGCUAGUGGAAAUGUUGGUACGGGAGAUGCAGCAGAUACUUCCUUAUCUUCACUUUCAUUUCUCCUUAGUGGGAAUGUUGUGGAUAGUUCUGCACUUAAGCAAAGUACAACUCCUGGGAAAAAUAUGACUCAACUUGGUAAAGAGUUACUUCUUGGUAGAAGUCCUAAUGCUGUUCUCGCCUAUACACAAGGUGCUUUUCAGCGUGCGAAGGCGCAAGAAGCUGGACUUUUACUUGCAGAACCGCCUGUACCUGGAAAAACCAUUCCAUCCUAUUUACCACACCCUAUCACCGUUACUGCCUUUUUUCAACCCUUUUCAACACCUCUCCCGCAGUGGAAUUUACUUCGUAAAUCUGCUACCGGUCGUACCUUUGCUCUUCAUAGCAGUAGUGCAGCCCCAUCCAGACGAGCAAGUGGUGUUAUUGGCAAUAAUAAUAAUAAUGAUAAUAACAAUAAUAAUAAUAAUAAUAACCGCCACCAAGGGAAUGGAUGGGGUUCAAAGUUAGAAGAUGAUACACAAAGCCACAUGGGCGAAGAUGAUGGGAACGGUAGUGGCAUGGCUGCUGUUGGUACUAUGCCAAUGGACUUCUUUCAUGGCGGUGCGGAAAAUGAUGAUGAUUACAUGGGCGCUGGUGGAUAUGAUGAUUACGAUGAUGGAGGUGAUCCUGCAGAUACAAUGGAUCCCAUUCGUCAAGCAGAAGCACAGAUAUUGGCAAGUUUUGAAAGAGCGGAAUUGGCACGUGUGAGUGGUGCGUUAACGGCGGUUAGUAACGGUCGUCCUAGUAGUCAUAAUCAUCAUAAUAACCAUAAUGGCAGUAUAAAUGAGUGGACAGAUGUGGAGCCGUUGAUGUUAGCAAAAGUACUGCAGGCUCCACAAGCGGCUCUUCCAUCACAGGUGGAUGUUGUAAAACUACGACAAGCCAUGUGGUUAUCUGUGAGUAAUGCGAUGGAGUCUAAUCCCACUAUUCAACAACAACAACAACAAAAUCAAGAAGAAGAAGAAGGACAACGACAACAACAACAACAACAAACACCAGCAAGGCGAAAACGCGGCCGUGAAGAAGAAGAAGAAGAAGAAGAAACACAUAUGGCAGGAGAAGGGAGUGAAGAGUUGCCUCGUUUUAGUGAAGUGGUCUUGCCUAUUCUACCGCAGAUUCCAGGUAUAUCGGCAACGGGUACACUCUCCCCAGCCUUUUUCUUCUUCUCUAUUCUGUUUCUUGCAAACGAACACGGGGUGUUACUGGAAAGUGUUCCAGAAUUAGAUGACCUAGUUGUACGAGGUGUGAAGACGGCCUAA